AUGUCUCCCUAUAGACUUGUGUAUGGAAAGGCAUGUCAUUUACCCGUUGAGCUAGAACAUAGAGCCUAUUGGGAAAUUAAGCAAUUGAAUUUUUCAUUAGACAAAGCAGGUGAGAGAAGAAAGCAUCAAUUAAAUGAGUUAGAAGAGCUUAGGCAUGAUGCAUAUGAUUAUUCCAAAAAAUAUAAGGAUCGAAUGAAGAUUUACCAUGACAAAAACAUUUUGCGAAAAGAUUUCUCUCCUGGUCAAAAAGUUCUUUUAUACAAUUCUCGUUUGCAUCUCUUCCCGGGGAAGUUACGCUCUAGGUGGGUAGGUCCAUACAUUGUUCGCACUGUUUUUCCACAUGGAGCCAUUGAAAUUGAAAAUCCUAAUAAUGGUAAUGUAUUCAAAGUGAAUGGAAAAAAAUUGAAACCAUUUUUAGAAUUGAAAACUGCUAAAGUGGAUGAAACCCUUCUUGAGGAUCCUAUUUACCAUGGUCCUUGA